UAGGAAACUUGUUAGAGAGAAGAUAUUUGCGUGGUAACAAAAAUUUCUAAUAAAAUGGUCAACAUAAAGUUGGUUCUCUGUGCACUUUUCCUGGUGCUAGCAGGAGGUGACCAUGCAGUGCGAGCCGCUCCCCAGUUUGAUCUGAUGGGCGGUUAUGACUUUCUAGGGGUUUGCAUGAACAACUGCGCCCAAUGUAAAAAGAUGUAUGGUGCGUACUUCGAGGGGCAGCUCUGUGCGGAUGCAUGUUUAAAGUUUCGCGGGAAAAUAAUGCCAGACUGCGAAGAUAUUGGCUCAAUUGCACCUUUUCUCAAUAGGCUGGAACUGCACUAGAAGGUCCUCUAAUGCGCCGUCAAAUAUAAAAUAUAUGUGCUCUACUCGCUCUACUAAGUGCUGAAGUGCUAAUGUUCAUAAAAAGUGUUCAACCUCAUGAAUAUUUUUCUAUAACUUCGUUUGAUAUAAAUUUUGAGAGUGGUUAAAAUAAUAUCUAUAUGUGUACACACAAGAAACCUAUUCGGGUCCGCAGAGAAAAAAAUAAGUGAUAGAAAAAGUAUCUUGUCAUAAUGCGAAAUAAAGGUUUAAAUAUUAUUCAUAACAGUUUGAUAAAAAAAUUGGCUCUAAAAUUAUAAUAAAAAAUUGAUCAAAUUUAAAUUGUGAUUAGAAAAUAUUAAUUUAUAAUUGUAGUGUGACUUACCAAAUGAUAGGAAAAUAUAACGAUUCUUUUGCGAAACAGAACAUUAUUUGUCGGAACGAAAAUAUAUACGAUCUAAGCUAACAUCGUGGUACGGAAUAAACAAAAAGUUCAAAUUUCUGGAACACAAACCUUUCAAAAGACACAUCAUAAUUUUGGUUGCAUUUGAAAAUCGAUAUUAGAAAAAAAUCGAACAAGAAAGUAUGUAAAAAUAAAAAAGUUUUACUAGGGGUUAUUGGAUAGUUAUGUUCAUGAAGUGGCAAUCACACUGUUACUUUGAACCGACACUGCUUUUAUACACACUAUUACGUCACUAUUCACAUUAGUUGCGUUGUUAUCUAUCACACUUUUACACUAAAAUCACACUUACCACUUCGAAAAGAUUAUAUUUGAUCCGAAUAAAACUUUGCUUAACGAAAGGUUAC